AGUCGUAUGUGGUUGGCUGAUUCAGUGUGGUUGUCUGGUAUGUGUUUUGGUUAUUUGUCUGUGUUUCCAUUUAAUUGGUUCUACAACACCAAAUGGUCCAUGAAAGAUCGAAAGACGACAAGUUUGCUCAGACUAUUUUCUUUAAGCUGUUAUACAACCCAGUCAACCAAGAUCUUGAGAUGGCGGUGCUCAACUCAACCAGCAGCUUUGAUUACAACUACUCAUAUAUUUAUGAGGAUGGGUUAAUCACAGUGUGUGAGGUUGACGGCUAUAAAAUGACCACUGGCGUGUGCUAUGCCAUGAUCUUCUUCCUCAGCAUCCUUGGAAAUGGCUUUCUCAUGUUUGCGCUCACCUGCUACGAAGACCUGAAAAGGGCCACCAACCUUUUCAUGUUCUGUUUGGCUCUUUUUGACCUUGUGUUCACACUGACGUUGCCUUUCUGGUCCGUGGAGUUUAUUCAUCACUGGAUUUUUGGUGACGUUGCCUGUAAGAUCAUGACCGCAGCCUAUUUUGUUGGCAUCUACGGAAGCCUUAUCCUCCUCACGGCCAUGACCCUCGACCGGUUUGUUGUGGUUGUGGUCAGAAGCUACUGGCUGACUCGGAGUCGAAGACUCAAAUGUGCAAAAGUUGCAUGUGUUGGCGCCUGGAUCAUCAGCUUGAUUGCUUGCCUGAGAGAUUCAAUUGCUGCAAAGGCACAAAAAAUACAUAUCGAGACAUACGCUUGUGAAAGCAGCAGUGAGUUUGAUGACAACGUUGGGUAUUUUGCACAGCUCAUUCUGCUGUUCCUUGUACCGUUUGCAGUCAUUGUUUUCUGUUACAUCAAAAUCAUUUUGACCCUCAUGUCAACGUCGACCAGGCAGAAAUACAGGACUGUGAUUCUGGUGCUGUGCAUUGUUAUAGCUUUCUUCAUAUGCUGGGGGCCGUAUCAUAUUAUCAUCGUGUUGAUGUCCAUCUACGAGUAUGAUGAAUGCAAACAUUAUCAGCUGCAUGUUGCGUUCAUCGUCUGCAGGAUUCUGGCGUUUUCUCACUGCUGCAUGAACCCGGCACUGUAUAUUGUCAGAGGGAAGUACAGAAACCUCUUAUCAAGCAUAUUGUUCUGCUCACCUGAACUCAGGCAGUCGGGGCUCUACAGGAGACCGACGGAUCCGAGCGACUCCAGGAUUCAUCCGUACACGAAUGAAGGAGCUCAGGAAAACUGUGAAGUGCAACAGACAAAUGUCACAGAGCUGAACACACUGAAAACAGUGUAAAA